UUUUAGUAUGACCUAAUCGAAACCUAGGAUUUGUUGACAUGGCUGACUUGUGGCAAACGGAGUCUCAGACUAAAUCUGGGGCUGCCAGAUCAGCUGUUCUGGAUAUGGACAUGGAGGAAAUGGAAAUGAUGGAUGAUGGGAACAGUGACACUUCUGACUAUGACAACAACUUUCACACCAUGAGACAAGACAAUCAAGGCGCUGGAGGGAAGGCUAACAAAACAUUUGUUGAUGAUAUACGACAAAGGAUGGGAGAAAACGUCACACAGAUGGUGUGGCAAGCUGGAACACAGGGUGCUAAAAGGGCUUGGACACUGUACGGGAAUAUUGACGUGCUGCGUCCUUACUUUGAUGUAGAGCCUAAAGAAGUACAGAUGAGACUGCUGUACUCUCUGAUCCCCAAAAAACCAUCAGAUCAGAGGCAACAAGUGCCUAAAGAGCUGUACGGCCCCACCAUGGUAGUUCUCACCCUCAUAGCUAUUCUACUGUACCAGAUGAAGACAGCGGAACAUAAAGUGGAGGAGGGAACUCUGAUGGGCUCUGCUAUUGGUGUGUGUUUCAUGUAUUGGCUUGGUGCCUCCUGUGUGGUGUGGUUUGUUUGCUAUGUGUGUAACGUGCGCAUCACCCUGCUGCAGAUACUCUCCAUGAUGGGAUAUGCCCUGUUUGGUCACUGUGUGGUGUUGUUUCUGGGCACCGUCAUACACACAUCACAUGAUCACAUGUUUUUUUACCUGCUGUGGGCUGGUGUUGGUGGUCUCUCCACUCUAAGGAUGGCAGGUAUCAUCAUGUCAAGAACCAGAGGUAAAACAGAACGUCUCAUUGUCAUUGGGACCAUAGCUGCUCUCCACCUCUUGUUUCUGCUCUACUUACAUUUUGCAUAUCACACCAUUGUAGAGGAAAUCUCUGACGCCCUGAAUCAGAAUUUAGUUCCAUUGCCAGUAGCCAAUGAAGAAGAAAUGGCGGUACCAGUAGCUGGUAUUAAAGAAGAAAUUGCUGACAAAUCUGCACUGAGCCCGGCGAUGGACCAAGGUACGAAAUUAAUUCCGCCUGUCUUGAACAAUCCAUCGCCAGCUGUAGACUUGGUGCAGAACAAUGCAUCCAAUGUUGUUGAUGAAGCACAUGUGCCACCUGAGCUGGGUGACAAGCCAGAGUCUAUCAUUCUGGAGAAUCUCAGAGGCAAAAUGGCUGCUCUUUAACAGAUUCGCAAAUGUGAGUUUUCACAAGAUCACCAUAAUAUAUUAGGCCUCUAUUGAAGUAGAUAUUGUUCUAUUAUGUUAUUGACUUAUUCAAUCAACCAGUCAUAUAAAAUAAUUGCAUACAUAAAAAUGUUCAACAACUUAAAGUAUGUUAACCUUUAAUUGAAUACACAAAAAUGUUCAACAAACUUAAAGUAUGUUCACCUUAAGCGGCAUUAUUGAUUUAAAGGACAAUGUAGUUAAUACUUCGGUUAACGUUUGGGUGUUGUUUUUUUUCAAACAUUGGUAUAUAUUUAAAUUCAACUGGACUUAUUAAUGCCUGAAAGAUUAAAACAAUAACAUAAGCUCUAAGUUAUAGACAAAUAUUUAUUUUAUGCUUUUUCUACUGUGUGAUGACUAAGGAUUGUGUAUGUUGCAAACUAUAGCAAAUAAUUAUUUUUUUUUAUAUUGCUGAAAACAGUAUGUGGGAUUUGUUCUGGUUUUUCUCCUUGUACAAAUUGUAAAUAACAAAUAAACCAAUUUUCAUUUUUCAA